CUUUUUCGUCUCCACUGUGUUUUAGUCACUGUUCCGUCUCUCUUGGCAACCCCCGGGGACACCUGUCGCGUGUCAGGUUUCAGCAAUGAGAGGACGAUGGAGCUCACAUUCCAUCUCUAUAUUGGUCUCUUUGAUCGUAAUGUGGCAGACACGGUCAAAAGCAGCUUCCAAUUCAACACGUAACGUCAAAGACAUCACAACCUUCACCAAGAUCCUGGACAGUCUGCUGGAUGGAUAUGACAACCGACUGAGACCUGGCCUGGGAGACCGAGUAACAGAAGUGAAGACUGACAUCUAUGUGACCAGUUUUGGUCCAGUGUCUGACACAGAUAUGGAGUACACCGUUGACGUUUUCUUCCGUCAGAGUUGGAAGGACGAGCGGCUGAAGUUCCACGGACCAAUGAACAUUCUGCCUCUCAACAACCUGAUGGCCAGUAAGAUCUGGACCCCUGACACCUUCUUCCACAACGGGAAGAAAUCUGUCGCCCACAACAUGACCAUGCCCAACAAGCUGCUGAGGAUCAUGGAGGACGGAACCCUGCUCUACACUAUGAGGCUAACGGUUCAAGCUGAGUGCCCCAUGCACCUUGAAGACUUCCCAAUGGAUUCUCACUCAUGUCCUCUCAAGUUUGGCAGCUAUGCCUACACUAAGACAGAGGUUACUUACAUCUGGACUCGUAAUGCCACCGCGUCAGUGGAAGUGGCAGAAGACGGAUCCAGACUCAACCAGUAUGACUUGGUGGACCAGACUGCAGGGGAGGAGACCAUUAAAUCCAGCACUGGUGAAUACACGGUCAUGACAGCUCACUUCCAUCUGAAGAGGAAGAUCGGCUACUUUGUGAUCCAGACUUACCUGCCCUGUAUCAUGACGGUCAUCCUCUCCCAGGUCUCCUUCUGGCUCAAUCGAGAGUCGGUGCCAGCCAGAACUGUCUUUGGUGUAACUACAGUUCUCACCAUGACAACCCUGAGUAUUAGUGCCCGUAAUUCACUGCCCAAGGUGGCCUAUGCUACAGCCAUGGACUGGUUCAUCGCCGUCUGCUACGCCUUCGUCUUCUCUGCACUAAUCGAGUUUGCUACGGUCAACUACUUCACCAAGCGAGGCUGGGCCUGGGACGGAAAGAGUGUCGUCAGUGAAAAGAAAAAGGAAGCGUCAGUCAUGAAGAAGAACAACGCCUAUGCUGUAGCCGUGGCCAACUACGCUCCCAACCUCACAAAGGACUCCACGCUGCCCACCAUCUCCAAGUGUGCUCUGAGCGAUCCCAACCACAAGACCACAGCGGAGCUGAAGCCUGAACAGAACAAGAAAACCUUCAACAGUGUCAGCAAGAUCGACCGCAUCUCCCGCAUCAUGUUCCCCGUGUUGUUUGGGAGCUUUAACCUGGUCUACUGGGCCACCUACCUGAACAGAGAACCAGUCAUUGUAAAAUCAGAUCCCUCCAAAUGAACUGUAGGAAAUCCCUUCGAAAACAAUUCAGCCCAUUCAGGACUAACAUCUGUUGGUAUUCAUUUUUGUCAGCCCAAAAGCUGUUUUACAUGCACGGAGAAUUUCCUUCUUCCCUUCUUCCCUUCUGUCCUCGCUGAGUACAGUUUGGGAUUGUUGCAGGUAAACAUCGUAACUGGGUUUCGAAAAACUGUCAAACAGGAUACUUUUAGUUUCAGCUGCCCGAACUGAGAGUAAACCAAACGUGUAGUUCCUUGAUCUCCAAAAAAAGAAAAAGAAAAAGAAAAGACAAAUGCAUUAAAAAAAAGAGAAAAAGACAUUUCCUGAUUUAAAAGUCAUCUUGGUGGACACGGUCUGUUCCUCUAGUCCUUAUUUGUUUGUUUCCAGAAGGUUGAUAGGUAGAGUAUAAAUUUGGCAAUUUAAGAACUGUGUGGUGGGAGCUCGGAAAAGCAAGACCAACCCGGAAG